AAGAACGAGAAGGAGGUGGAGGGAGGGGGGAAGCCGGAAGAAGGAAGAAGGAAGAUACAGUAUCAUCCUCAGCUCCUGAAGCAGCUGAACUCCAGCCAUGCCACUGUUUCGGGGUUUGAAUGAAUGUGUCAGGAGAAAGGCUCAGAACAGAAGGCAGAGGAACCUGGAGUGGAUGGGAAGCUGUCUGAGAACACACGAUGAGGGCUCGGUUCUUUCAUUGGCUCGGAUGUGUCUGUUGAGCCUUGCCAAUAACAUGAAGGAAGUGUGGGUGAAAGACUAUGCAGACAACUACCUGGACCAUUAUUCAUUUAGAUACAUCAUGGGGCCUUUCAACCCACUGCCUGGUGAACUUGUGGAGGAGCUGACUUGUUUGCUGUGCACCACAAAACAGAUGUCUCGGGCUGCUCUUCACCUUCUGCUGGUCCCCCAACUCCGACGCUUGUCUCUGGAAAGUUGUCCCACUUUAGUCACCCCAGCCCUCUGUGCCCAUAUCGCUGCCCGCUGUCAGGGUCUGUGGAGUCUGGACCUGUCUGGAGCCCAGCAGCUGCCUUCAAAGGUCCUCUGUGAAACCCUGCACAGUUUACCAGCUCUCCGUUCACUCUCCCUGGCUGGCAUGCCUUGUAACAAGAGUGUAAUCCAGACAGUUGUCCACUGUUGCCGUUUGUUGCAACAUCUAGAUGUAUCCCGCUGUCAUUUGCUUUCCCCUGCUGCACUCCUUCCUCUUGGUGGUGGGGCUUUCUGUUCAUCUUCUGCUAGUCCUUCAGACUCAUCUUCUCUUUACACCUCUUUUUCUCAACCCUUUGUUUCCUGUCCUGUCCUCCCCUCAUCCUCUCCUCCAUCACUGUCCCCUCUCCCCCUUCGGAAUUUGCUAGCUCUGGAUAUUGGGUUUGGCGAACAGGAGGGAGAUGCCGCAGCAGCAGCAGCCUACCUCCUUCUCUCCCUGCCUUGCCUGGAAAGAGUGGCCAUUGAGGACCUAGCACAUGCCUGCUAUCUCAUUGAGCACAGAGAGUUUGGCAAGGUAGAUGAGUUUGCUGACAGGGAGGGAGUUCCCAGGCUGGAGGAGGUAUGGAGGGAGAGACUGCACAGUCAGGGUAAGGACAAUUCUAGGAAAAGAAGAAAAGUUGCAUCAGUUGAUGAAGAGAAUGAGAGUGAAGAUGACCAACGGAUAUUUUGGGAGGGUUAUGGCUAUGAGAGUGAGGAAGAUGCAGUCACUGAUGAAGGGCCAUCUUGUUCUCAUAACCUAAAGGGGGAGAAAAAUGGGAUUUUGUCACAGUCUGACUUUAUCCUGCACCUGAGGGAUGUCAAGGGUGUUACUUGUGACCACCUGGACAGUUUAGGCCGUUUAUGUCCAGACGUUAACUCCAUAUCGUUAAACGCUGAAUACACAGACAGCAGCAGAAGAAUCCAGGGGUCGCUGUUGACUGCAGGCCUCCAAACCUGGACCGGCCAGCUACGGCGUCUCUCAGUACAUUACCCCCAUCAGUUGACGGCUCUCCUCCAUGCCUUGGAAGUUGCAGGCUCCACCUUGACUUCUCUCACCCUGGAGGGGGUGAAAACCAGCCCCCACACCUCACUACUGUAUGUCAUCAAGGCUUGUCCCAGACUCAGAGAGCUGCUUAUCUAUGCUGAACCUCCUAAGUGGUCAAACGGUGAAGUUGAGGAUGGUCAGCAGGAUGAUUGGAACCUCCCACAGCUGCCAAACCUCUGCUCUCUCACACUCAGUUUCUCCCAUGAGUACAGCCAAAGAAGACCUGUCAUGUCCUUGAUGUCCUUGAUGAAUGUGCUGGAGUGUCUACUGAAUGGUUCUCCUCUUCUGGAGAAGCUGUCACUGGUCUCCCUGCCAUGCCCCCUGAACUGUGUUUUGCAGGACACGCUGCAAAGAGUUGAUCUGAACAUGCAUCGUUUGGCAAAUUCCUCUGGCUUACCCCCAAUGCCACUUGGACAGGUACAGCACAUUGACCUGCAGCGAACAGAUGUACAGAUAAAAACUGUGAGAAGUAUAUUGCAGCAGUGUACAAAGCUCAAGUUUAUGGAUUUGAGUUACUGCUGGCAAAUCCAUAAAAAUGAGUGGUUGGAUUGCAAGAGGCUCAGUAAAGCCCAGGUAGUCUGGGUGGAGUGAUCACAUGGCACGUUUCUAAUAAAGGAGCCCAUACUGACAGAUGAACAGACAGUGUUUUUCAUUAUUCAAAUAAAAUACCUUCCAUUUUUAUGCUGUCAAAUGCUUUACUAUUGCUGACUCGUUGACUACAGCCCUGAUUUGUAUUUGUAUUUUUCUAACGGACAUGGAUCUAUAUUUUUGCCCUGCAACAAUGCAAUAUGUCAAUACUUGUCUUUUAUUUAAACAUGUAGGACGUUUUUGUAAACUACAUGUUUAUCUCUUUUACGUAAUUUAAAAGCAAACAUGCAAUUUCUGUGUAAACAAGCCUAUUGUAAGCUAUGGGUCAUUUAAAAUGAAUUACAACUGUUACUCAUUUGAUCUUUUUAUUUAAAAACAUGAUAGGACAGAACACAUGGUUUGGCACCUUAUUCAAUCUUAUUUUAGUAGUUUGCUAUAAAAGAGGGCUACAAAAUUGAUCUUUCUU